UCUCUGGAUUAGCUUGCGCGUUGGACUCUCAGUUUCGCUCUCAAAACGCUUGUGGCCUGGCUUGUUUUCGUCAGCAGCUGUUUCUGCCAGUUCUGACAUUAUCGGCACCUGUCGCCAACAUAUGGAUGCAUUUGCUCUCGAAGUCUUGGAAGAUGCGAAAUCCUGGAAUUGGCCUAUCGUAAAGCGCAUCGAACAGAGUGGCAACCAAGGCAAAACUCUAGUUCUAAAUCUGCUGUCUUGUUUGAUAAAGGAGUCUCAGGCCGUCGGUGGUACGGUGCUGGAACAGUUCUGGGAAACAAUUGGAAAAUGCGAUAACAAGCUCAAGGAUAAUAUUAAAAAUGUCACGGCUGUUCCGCCGGGUCAGGCAUCGACAACACUAUUCGCGUGGGUGAUUAAAGAAGACGUUCACCUAGAUCCAUUAUUCGACAUGGCAGCUGAGUACUUUGCACAUCUCGCCGUUGCAUUUGUAAACCCAGGAGGACCUAAAUCGGCACGCCAUCCUCAGCUUUCAAGCGUGAUGGUGCACGAUACGGACACCCUAAAAUGUCUCGCCACGUUCGCCGGUGAGGAGGCUAGGGACCUUGUUCUCAAACAUGUGAACAGUCUUGGAAAUGUCGCGAACUUUGAAAGCAAUACACACGGGAAGUAUGAUGAAUUGCGAUGGGGAAUACGCAAAGUUACACCUCCGAAGUAUUAUUGUGUAAUUGUUCCCCAGACAGUGUCAAGGAUCCAAGCUUUUUUCUCGUCUGGCACCCACUGGCGGUCAUCUCCCGCCUUCAUUGCAGGGAUAUUCUGGCAGACGCCUCCUCCUGGUCAUAGCUCGGCCUCUUUUGGAUCUUGGCUCGGGCUUACAAUGUCAACGUUCAACCUGUCCUCGACCCAUCACAACCUCCAUACCACGUCCAACACUCUACUGGGCGCCUACAUCGGUCAAAAUUUCAAGACUGAAACCAACGCUCUGCGGGAGAUGAAGGGCCUCAACUUUGACUCAUGA